GGGCAGGGCUCCCGCCGCGGCCCCGGUCCCGGCCCGGCCCAGCCGCGGCGCAGCGGCACAGCGGGGCGGGCGGCCGCCGCGCUCCCCUCCGCUCCCCGCCGCACCGGCGCCCCCGGAGCCCCCGGCACCCCCGGCAACCGGCACCCCCGGCACCUCCGGGAACCGGCACCCCCGGGAACCGGCACCCCCGGUACCUCCGGGAACCAGCACCCCCGGGACCCCCAGGACCCGGCACCCCCGGGACCCCCGGGAACCGGCACCUCCGGGAACCGGCGCCCUCAAGAUCCCCGGAGCCCGGCAGCCCCGGUAACCGGCAGCCCCGGCACCCUCGGACCUCGGCACCCCCGGGAGCCCCCGGGAACCGGCACCCUCCGACCCCGGCACCCCCGGGAGCCCCGGCACUGCGGGACCCGCGGAGCCCCGGAGCGCGGCCGCCGGGCGCCAUGGCCCCGAGCGCCCCGCUCCGCUGACGCCCGCCCGGCCGGACCCCCCCCGCCGCCACCCCCCCCUCCCGCCGCCGCCAUGGGCGACUCGUACGCGGCGGCCGCCUUCCCCAGCGCCGCGGGGCUGCUGCCGCCCUCGGGCAGCCCCCAGGCACCCGCCUACGGCCCCGACUACGGCGCCUUCGCCCCCCCCUUCGCCCCGCCGCCCGCCGCCGCCGGCCCCCAGGAGCCGCUGGCCCCCGGCCCCGUGGUGGUGGCCAAGGGCCACCCGCCCGGUGACUGGUGUCACCCGCCGCUGGAGGUGGCCCACGCCGCCUACGGCUCCUGGUACAAAGCCGGGCUGGGGGGGGCCGCCGGAGGAGGCGGGGGGGGCGGCGCUGCGGGGGGGGGUCCCUGGUGGGACGUGCACCCCAACGGCGCCUGGCUGGGCGGCGAGGGGCUGCCGGGCCCCCUGCGGGCCCCCAGCCCCCCCCUGCCCGCCUACGGCACCGACCUGGCCGCCCUGACGCCCUACGGCGCCGCCCCGCUGCUGCCCCCGCCGCCCCCCCCGCCGCCCCCCCCUCAAAAACCCGAGGGGCCCAAAGCCGCGCGGGGCAGCCCGGGCGGCGGCGGCGGCGGCGGGGGGAGCGGGGGGCGGCCGCCCUGCGACUGCCCCAACUGCCAGGAGCUGGAGCGGCUCGGGGGGGCGGCGGGGGGGGGCGGCGGGCGGCGGAAGCCGCUGCACAGCUGCCACGUGCCGGGCUGCGGGAAGGUGUACGGCAAGGCGUCGCACCUCAAGGCCCACCUGCGCUGGCACACGGGCGAGCGGCCCUUCGUCUGCAACUGGCUCUUCUGCGGCAAGCGCUUCCCGCGCGCCGACGAGCUGGAGCGCCACGUGCGCACCCACACCCGCGAGAAGAAGUUCACCUGCCUCCUCUGCGACAAGCGCUUCACCCGCUCCGACCACCUCAGCAAGCACCAGAAGACCCACGGCGAGGCCAAGGCCCCCCCCGAGCCCCCCGCCGCCGCCGCCGCCGCCGCCCCUGCGUCCCCCCCCGCCAAGGACCCCCCCAGCCCCGAGCCCGGCAGCUUGCUGGAGAUCUGAGCCCUUCCUCCUCCUCUUCCUCCUCCUCGCCCCGCGGGGGUAUUUAUUGGGCGGGCGCCCGGCUCGGUAUAAAUUAUAGCUUUUAAGUUAUGCGGCGGCGUUAGCGCCCGGGCUCCUAACGAACCGGGCGGUUUUUGGGGGGGGGGUGUUUUGUCACCCCCCCCCCCCCUUCGCCCCGCACACAGCUCAGGGACAGGGUUGGAGCCCGCGGUCGGCCCCUUCCUUCCCCCCCCCUUCGUUAGCCCGCCCGGGCCGUUAGGCACUAAUGUCCCCCCCACCCCGUUUGAGCUGGCUGCCCCCCCCCCCAAAAAAAUAAUUUGCA